AUGCCUGAUAGUAUGUCAUUCGAAGAAGGGGCUGCUAUCCCUGUAAACUACCUAACGACCUACGUCAUGCUCUUUAAUUUUGGUAAUUUACAAGAAGGCCAAAGCGUUCUAUGCCAUAUGGCUGCAGGCGGUGUCGGCUAUGCUGUUGGUCAGCUCUGCAGGACUGUCCCUAAGGUUACGCUUUAUGGUACAUGUUCCGCAGGAAAGCAUGAAGGCGCAAAAGAAAAUGGAUAUACCCAUUUAAUCGAUUACAGAACCCAAGACUAUGUCAAUGAGAUAAGAAAAUUAGAACCAGAGGGAAUUGAUCUGGUUUUAGACCCAUUAGGUGGCACGGAGAAUAAAAGAAAUUAUGACUUAACAAAAACCUUUGGCAGACAAAUCGUCUAUGGGAGUGCUAAUAUAGUAACUGGUGGGAGUCGUAGUUUGAUGAGUAUAGCCAAAACGUGGUGGAACACGAGCGGAAGGAGUCCAUUAGACCUGAUGGCUGAUAACAAGAUGGUUGGUGGAGUUCACCUUGGCCAUUUGUUUACUGGCUACUACAAAAAAAUUUUACCUCCAGCUUUUUCUGAUAUUGUUCGAUGGUAUAAUGACGGAAUUGUUAAACCGAAAAUUGAUUCUGUUCAUGCUUUCGAAGAUUUUACCGAUGCCUUCCGUCGUAUACACGAGCGAAAGAAUGUUGGUAAAGUUUUAUUCUCUCCAACAAAAAGCCCGAACUCGAAAUAAGUCCAUCGUCCCCUUAAUUCAGCACCUAUUCUAUUUUUACAUACUGUUCUUGUCGAGUAAUUUAACAAUCCUUAGUGCUAAACCAUGCUACGGUACAGCCAUGGUCUAUAUUUUAAUCGCUUAUGCAUGUCGCUUACAGUAUAUUUCUUUGCUCAUAUUUGAAUUGGAGAUGUGUUACCAUUUUUUUGUUGUUUAUUUUAUUCAUAAUACUUAUGCUAUUUAUUAAUAUGUAAGUUAAAUGAACAACGAUAAAAUUUCUCUGAUCAUCUAUUAAGGCGUUAAUGAUAUUAGUAUUUACUGGCUGAAGAAUCAUCAAUUAGUAAAUUUUAAUUUAACUCAGACUAUGGCAUUAUGUCAAGUAAGUACUAGAGUAUUUGGAUACUUAUACGCUCUUAAUCAAUAACUGCCCUAUUUAUUACCUAUAUUCACGGUAAAAAUAAAGUAGUUAUUGAACGUUAUACAGUAUUAGAGUACGCUUUAUACUGAAGACUGUAAAAGUGGGGCCGAAAUUG